AUGAGCAUUCCGACCACCUCCUCGGGCAUCCCAAGAUUGGCUUUUGGCUGCGGUACGUACUACUACAAGUACGGCACCGACAGCGUUAACCAGCAAUUGGUCGACAUCACCAAGACCGCAUUGAGGAAAGGCCUUAGGCACAUCGAUGCUGCAGAGUGCUACAAUGUAGAUCAGGAAUUGGCAAAAGCUUUUGCGGAAUCGGGUCUCUCCAAGGCAGACUACUUUGUCACUGACAAGUAUUUUGCAGGAGCCGGAGAUUACUCUGCUCGGUCCAAGGAAGCCAACCCAUAUUUGCACCUGAAGGCCUUUUUGGAAAGAGUGAACAUUCCUUACGCUGAUCUGUACCUUCUACAUUCCCCAUUUAUCAAGAAAGAAACCCAUGGCUUUACAUUGGUCGAAGCCUGGAAAUACAUGGAGCAAUGUAAGAAAGAGGGGCUUGCUAAGAGAAUUGGUAUCUCCAACUUCACUGUCCAAGACAUUGAAGAAAUCCUGAAAGAGGCUUCGGUCAAGCCGGAGGUUCAUCAGAUUGAGUACAGUGCGUUCCUGCAAAACCAAACACCGGGUAUUGUGGACUAUUGCAAGAAGCACGGCAUUGAGCUGGAGGCAUAUUCUCCUUUGGGCCCAUUGACCAAGGGCGACAAGACCACUGAGGUAGGAAAGAAGUUUGACGAUUUCCUGAGUUCGCUGGAGAAGAAAUACGGUAAGACCAAGACCCAGAUUUUGCUGAGGUGGGUGGACCAGAAAGGAAUCAUUCCAAUUACGACCACCUCCAAGGAGAGUAGACUGGACGAGUUUUUGGGUGUUUUCUCUUUUGAGCUGACUCCUGAAGAGGUUGAGACUGUCACUGAGAUUGGCUCCCAAUACAAGCCUCCUCUCAGACAGUACUGGAUUCCAGAAUUUGGUAAAUACGACCAGUGA